UCACAGCUUUAAACGAGGACAUUGCAUUUUUCAUGGCGGCAAUGUUGUUACAAGAACCAGUGAUACAGACCGCUAUAUGGGAUGCGUUGAAUAACUACUGUUACAAAGAUGCAACUUUCUUGGCAGAACGACUUGUGGCCGAGGUCAAGACAUCAGACGAAGCGCUAUUUUUACUGGCAACAUGUUACUACAGAAUGGGAAAGUCCAUACAGGCCUACAUGUUACUACGGAAGCGAGGCUGUCCAACCCCACAGAGUAAAUACCUGCUAGCUCGGUGCUGUGUAGACCUCAACAAAUUAUCUGAAGCAGAAGAGGUGUUGGUAGGCAAUAUAUUCCAAAGUAAAACCAAAUCCUGUGAUGAACUAGAGGCUGAGUUCAGUGGAAUAGCCUGCCAUGUGUUCUCCUUAUUAGGGCAUGUGUACAGCACUGCCAGAAAUGCAGAUAUCUCCGGUCUAGUAGGCAAGAAACAGAGUGAUAGUCCUUUGUCGUCUGUGAGUCACCUUGUCCAGGGCAUAAUGGAAUACCAGAGUGAUAGUCCUUUGUCCUCUGUGAGUCACCUUGUCCAGGACAUAAUGGAAUACCAGAGUGCUAUACAGAGUGAUAGUCCUUUGUCCUCUGUGAGUCACCUUGUCCAGGGCAUAAUGGAAUACCAGAGUGACAAAAGUGAACCCUGUCAGGUAUUCAAGGCGCCGCCUAACUCCCAGAUCACAACAAUACCUCAGGUGGUCAAACACAUCUGCAGUCCCAACUUGGCUCGCCUCGACAUGAUGGAAUUCCUGAAAACUCCGGAUACACUUCAGCAACACACCCUCUGCGAGUCCAAAAGUCAGACACCGUUUCAAGGUCAAGGGACGCCAUUUACACCAAGUUUUGCAAAUCUAGACUCGCCGUCACACCUUAUGUUUGUCACGCCCUCGCCAGCACUGACGGACAGUAAUACUCUGGAAAGCCGGGCACCUUGUAAAAAGCCUGUGACACGGAGAAGUCAACAGACGGGGAUACAGAAUAACCCCCCUGCAGUACGGAAACGUACAGUGAAGGAAAACAAAAGUCCAAGAGGAACGGGAAGAAAUCCAAAGAAAAAUAUAGGUCUGGGGCUGGGGAAGACUGAUCAUACAAAUGACACGGGUACGAAGCCUCUACAGUCGGACACACCGUCACAAACACAGAUUCUCCAGAUACAACAUCAGUCCUUGUGUGGAAUGCUGAACCUGUUGCAGAGCAUGGGGCGGGCAUACCAGGCCCUGAGUCAGUAUGACUGUAGAAAGGCCAUCGAGUGCUUCCAGGACCUGCCCCUCCACCACUACAACACUGGCUAUGUCCUGUGUAAGGUGGGACGCGCAUACUUUGAGCUCGCCCAGUAUCAGAAGGCCGAGCGUGUUUUCUCCGAAGUGAGGUCAUUAGAACCUUACCAUUUGGAUGGCCUGGAAAUACACAGUACUACCUUAUGGCAUUUACAGAAGGAUGUUGAGUUAUCUACCCUUGCUCAGGAACUCUCUGACAUGGAUAAAUCGGCUCCACAGGCGUGGUGUGCCAUGGGGAACUGUUUCAGUCUACAGCGAGAGCAUGACACUGCCAUCAAGUUCUUCCAGCGAGCAAUACAGGUUGACCCGAGCUUUGCCUACGCCUACACGUUACUCGGCCAUGAGUACGUAUUCACUGAGGAACUUGACAAGGCAAUGUCGUGUUUCAGAAACGCAAUCCGAGUUAACCCUCGUCACUACAAUGCAUGGUACGGUGUUGGAAUGAUCUAUUUUAAGCAGGAGAAGUUUACGCUGGCUGAAGUUCACUACCGGAAAGCUCUCCUGAUCAACCCGCAAAGUCCAGCACUUCUCUGUCAUAUAGGGGUGGUACAGCAUUCCCAACAGAAGUCUGAGAGCGCCCUCACCACUCUGAACAAAGCCAUAGAGACAGACCCUAGUAACCCACUAUGUAAAUUCCACAGAGCAUCCAUUUUAUUUGCCAGUGAACGACAUAAAGAUGCCCUACAGGAGUUAGAGGAGCUAAAGCAAAUUGUUCCCAAAGAAUCUCUCGUGUAUUUCUUAAUAGGCAAGGUUCACAAGAAGUUAGGUAAUUCUGAUUUAGCACUAAUGAAUUUUUCCUGGGCCAUGGACUUGGAUCCAAAAGGAAUCAAUAACCACGAAACAGGGCCUGACUGAGGUCUACACAUACUAUUAGUUACAGAUCAUCACUGACCAGCAGCCUAGGGACCGACCCAGUUUUUCCUAUGAAAGAGACCCAGUAUUCCUUGUUCUGGUACAUUUGACCAUGUGAUGCGAUAUUACACAGGUCACCAGAUCCCUUAUUACAGAUGUCGGUCUUGCUCACUCAACAGGGUCAGUACAAAGGAAGUUGGUCUAGGAACACUGACCAGACGUAGAAUGACCAACACCACUAGCUGUUUGGACACAGCUGGUUUUCCAGGGAGACACUACAAUACCAUUGCCAAAUGUUUUAUUAUUAUAUGUACUAAAAGAUGGGUGUGAGGUUUUAGUGUGAAAAUGAAUGUCCUACAUAUUCUUAACUCAGUGUGUGAUAUGUGCAGGUGGUCAUGUGAUGGAAAUCAUGUGACACAGGGAUAGGAAGUCAUGUUAUACAAGGAUGUUGAGUCAUGUGAUGGAAGUCAUGUGACACACGGAUAGUGAGUCAUGUGGUGGAAGUCAUGUGACACGGGGAUAGUGAGUCAUGUGACACAGGGAUAGUGAAUCAUGUGAUAGAAGUCAUGUGACAUAGGGAUAGUGAGUCAUGUGAUGGAAGUCAUGUGAUACAGGGAUAGUGAGUCAUGUGAUGGAAGUCAUGUGACACACGGGUAGUGAGUCAUGUGAUGGAAGUCAUGUGACACACUGAUAGUGAUUCAUGUGAUGGAAGUCAUGUGACACAGGGAUAGUGAGUCAUGUGAUGGAAGUCAUGUGAUAUACGGAUAGUGAGUCAUGUGUUGGAAGUCAUGUGACACAGGGAUAGUGAGUCAUGUGAUGGAAGUCAUGUGACAUACGGAGAGUGAGUCAUGUGUUGGAAGUCAUGUGACACAGGGAUAGUGAGUCAUGUGAUGGAAGUCGUGCGACACACGGAUAGUGAGUCAUGUGUUGGAAGUCAUGUGACAGGGAUAGGAAGUCAUGUGUCACAGGGAUAGUGAGUCAUGUGAUGGAAGUCAUGUGACACACGGAUAGUGAGUCAUGUGUCACAGGGAUAGUGAGUCAUGUGAUGGAAGUCAUGUGACACAGGGAUAGUGAGUCAUGUGAUGGAAGUCAUGUGACAGGGAUAGGAAGUCGUGUCACAUGGAUAGUGAGUCAUUUGAUGGAAGUCAUGUGUCAAAGGGAUAGUGAGUCAUGUGAUGGAAGACAUGUGACACAGGGAUAUUGAAUCAUGUGAUGAAAGUCAUGUGACACACGGAUAGUGAGUCAUGUGUUGGAAGUCAUGUGACAGGGAUAGGAAGUCAUGUGUCACAGGGAUAUUGAAUCAUGUGAUGAAAGUCAUGUGACACACGGAUAGUGAGUCAUGUGUUGGAAGUCAUGUGACAGGGUUAGGAAGUCAUGUGUCACAGGGAUAGUGAGUCAUUUGAUGGAAGUCAUGUGUCAAAGGGAUAGUGUGUCAUGUGAUGGAAGUCGUGCGACACACGGAUAGUGAGUCAUGGGUUGGAAGUCAUGUGACAGGGUUAGGAAGUCAUGUGUCACAGGGAUAGUGAGUCAUGUGAUGGAAGUCAUGUGACACAGGGAUAGUAAGUCAUGUGAUGGAAGUCAUGUGACACAGGGAUAGUGAGUCAUGUGAUGGAAGUCAUGUGACACAGGGACCGUGAGUCAUGUGAUAUUAGUUGUGUGACAUGUUGAGAUAUAAUGAGUCGAGUGAAAUGUUUUGCAGUGGAUAAAAAAUAAUUUUGAAAAAUAUUUGAAUUAACUCAACCUUAUUUUGAUUUUCACAUUUACCUAGCUGGAGAUAUAAAAGAAUUUUACUUCCACAAACACAGCAUACUCAAUCACAUGUAGAACAAGUGAUGUUUACACACCUGUAGUUUCAUUCCAACUUUUCCUAACACUCGAAGACGAAUUGUCCCACAUUUCAGGUGCUUUCCAAUUUUCGCUAGGGAAUAGAUGAAUCUGUCUUUAGCUGUUGGAAAGACAGCUCACAGGAAUAAUUUUAUGGGAGAAAAAUAAUAAAAAAUAUUGUCAAACAUUUAACUUAUGAUGGUGUACCUGAAUCAUAGUGGGUUUAAAGGCCAUUAAGUUUGUCCGAAUAAAUAAUAACAAUAAUAAUAUACAAACAUUUAUAUAGUGCCCUAUAUAAUUUGUAAAAUUACUCUAAAGUGCUUUACAACAUAUGGAUAAUAGUAUUAGUUAUAAUUGUGAUACAAAAACAAAGGCUUACAAUCAAUUUUAUACAUUAGGCAAAUGACCUUGACCUUGUUCUCCCUCACAGGGAUUAUGUGUAAAAAAACUGCUUCUGAGGGUCUUUAAAGAGGAAAAGCUGGUUAUUAGCUUGCUAGGAUAGCACACUAUCGGAUUUUUGUCAAAUGAAUAACCUUGACGUACUUAAUAGGUCACAUGAAUAAAAAAAAUCAAAUUUCAAACAAACGUCUUAAAGCUGUAGGACAAUAAUGGUAUUUGUCUUGUAGUGUUAGCUCUUGCAUUUGAUCUCUACUGACAGGUGCAAUAUCUUUUAACCAAACUCUUAGGUCGCAGGUGAGUGUUACAGGCCCAUUAGGUCUAUUGUAUACUGUAUACACACAUAUUGUGUGUACAUGUGUAGCUACAAAUUGUACUCGCACGUGUAAUUAUAUAUAUACAUGUGUGUACGACAAUAUUAAUGUUGUGAUGAUACCUCUGUGUGUAAGAAAGGUGUGUAUGUUAAACCUAUGUAAGGUGUGACAUUUUACCAUGUUUUACUGGGGGGAGGGAAGGGGGCACUGGACAAGAUGCAUAUGCUCAAAACAUGAGCCAUGUAAGUCUGUUUCAUGGGGUGGGCUUAAUUCUAAAUAUAAAUAUAUACUGGACUCGCACGUCUAGCUGUACGGAUGUGUGUGUGUAGUUAUACUGGACUCGGGUGUCUAGCUGUACGGAUGUGUGUGUGUACUAAUACUGAACUCGGGUGUCUAGCUGUACCGAUGUGUGUGUGUACUUAUACUGGACUCACGUGUUUAGCUGUACCUAUGUGUGUGUGUACUUAUACUGGACUCGGGUGUCUAGCUGUACCAAUGUGUGUGUGUACUUAUACUGGACUCGCAUGUUUAGCUGUACCGAUGUGUGUGUGUACUUAUACCGAUCACAUGUAGAUUCUGGAACAUACAUAAUUAUUUAUUAGUGAGAGAGAGACUGAUGUGAGAUAUGCUGAAGGAAAUAAACAGAUAGUUCUCCAGG